AUGAAGCACUGCAUCAUCAGUUCCGUCGUCGCGGCGUGUCUCGCCAUCACGGCCCACGCAGUUCCCGGUAAUGUGCCCGCAUCAUAUCCAACCGACACGCUCAAGAGCUGGCCGCCUGCUCCAGCUGAAGCUCUGAAAAACAUGAUUGCCAAGAACGCCCACAAGUCCAACUAUGCUGUCUUCGACGCCGACAACACAAUAUGGAAAAACGAUAUUUCGGAGGCAGCAAUUGCCUACUUGGAGAACCGUGGGAUCAUUACUCGCGAGACAAUGGACCCUUCGCUGAAGCUGAUCGAUUUCAAAGACGAUGCAAGCAAUACGGAGUCGCUGCACAGCUACUACACCCGUCUCUGUGAGAUCGAUGUGAUGAUCUGUUAUCCAUGGAUUGCCCAGGUCUUCUCCGGCCUCACCCUGCGCGAGCUGAAAUGCCACAUCGAUGACUUGUUCGCCUUGAACGUCACCAUCCCAACAACAAAGUGGAAGGAUGGCGCGGCCGUCCAAUGCGAGGUAGAGCCUCCCAAGGUCUUCACCAAGCAGGUCGAGCUCAUCAAUGAACUUCAAAACAACGGUAUUGAGGUCUACAUCGUCAGCGCCUCCAACGAAGAGAUAGUCCGUAUGGUCGUUUCGGAUCCCAAGUAUGGGUAUAACGUGAAGCCCGAGAACGUCCUUGGAGUCGCGACAAUACUGAAGUGCGCCAAGACCGGAGAACUUACCUCUUCUCGAAAGCAAAUCUCGGCCGGCACCUACAACGAAACAGCCAACUUGGACCUGGAACUCAGCACUCAUCUUUGGACGCCAGCCACUUGGUAUGCAGGAAAGUGGGCUGCUAUCUUGACCUACGUUGAUAUGUGGAAGAAGCCGGUCCUGGCAGCAGGAGAUACUCCAGGGAGUGACACCUAUAUGCACUUCAAUGUUGAUAUGGACAAGGGUGGCUUGCGUCUUUGGGUGAAGCAAUCACCCGAAAGUUACGAGGAGCUGCAGACCCUCAUUGCCGAGUCUGUGCAAGGACAGAAGGAAAACGGACUUGCUGUUACCGCCGAUAAAUGUUGGGUGUAUGUGCGUCCUCAUGAGCUCUUGUGA